CAUUUUGCUAAUUCUUAUUGCCAAACUGAUAGGGGCAAUUUUCUGGACACUUUAAUUCUCCUUCCCAUUCCUACACAGACCUUCCUGUCCUCGGUCUCCUCCAUUGUCAGAGUGAGGCUAAACACUAAUUGGAGGGACAGCAUGUCAUAUUUCGUUUGGGCAGCUUACAGCCCAGUUGUAUGAAUAUUGAUUUCUCUAACUUCAGGUAACCCCGGCAUUCCCUCUCGCCCUAUCCCUCCCUCACCCAAGUCGCACCAGCUUCUCAUUUUCAACCAACAAACAGCUUCCAAUUGCCUGUUUCCUUUAUCAUCAUUACUCUUUUGCAUAUCUUUAAUUCAUUGUUCUUUGUCUCUCCACAUCACCGUCUAUAUCUCUCCUUUCUCUUAUCCCUAACCAGUCUGAAGAAGGGUCUCAACCCGAAACAUCACCCAUUCCUUCUCUCCAGAGAUGCUGCCUGUCCCGCUGAGUUACUCCAGCAUUUUGUGUCAAUCUUGGGGCAAUCUCACCUUUGUUCCCGUGAUUAUUUUAUUCAACUGUUUCUUUGUCCAACUCCUUCCCACUGUAAUGAUAUCUGCCAUCUUGCCAUGGUUAGACACAAAAAGCUGCAGCAACUCAGCGGGGCAGACAGCAUCUCUGGAGAAAAGAAAUAGGUGACAUUUUGGGUCGGGAUCCUUCUUCAGACUGAAGAAGGGUCAGAUUAAAUUCUUCAGACUGAAGAAGGCUCUCGAUCCGAAACGUCAGUCUGAAGAAGGGUCUCAACCCGAAACGUUACCUAUUCCUUCUCUCCAGAGAUGCUGUCUGACUCACUGAGUUACUCCAGCUUUUUGUGUCUGUCUUCGGUUUAAAUCAGCAUCUGCAGUUAAAUCUUGCCAUAGUUAAUCCCCUCUUGUAAUGUACAUUUAACAUUCCAACCCGAAGACAUACAUUCCGAAUUACUGUUGCGGUGAAGACUCAUUUUCAUUUACAUUGCUAAAUUGUGCAUUUUUUAAUACUAUAAAUGAGUUAGAAACAAUGUAACAUCUGUGUUGUGUUUAUUAAACCUGAAGUCCCAAACCUAGAAUCUAAAGGAUCAGUGAUAUGCAAAUCUCAGGUGAAUUGGCUACUUCUGAUUUUCAUUGGAUGAAUUGGCAUGAAUUCAAUUUGUGGAAAUAUAAAAGAGCUACUCUCAAAAAAGUUCCCACUCUACCGUAAAAUUACACUUUGCUGCUCAUGCAAAGCACAAACAUGAUUGACAUUACCUUCUCCACCGUCGUGCUCUCCAUUAUAUCUCUUCUAUCACUUCCUCGUGAUUCACUACAGGAUGAUCAUAAAAAACUGGAAUUGGCGUUCACUCAUCGCUACCGGUACUGGGAUGAUGAGUUGUCACAGUUCCACAUCUGUGAGCAAUGCCCCCCUGGUACCUACCGGAAGAGCCACUGCAAUGCAUCGAAGAGAACUGAAUGCAUGCCUUGCCCUGAUUCACACUAUACAGCAUACUGGAACUCUCUUGGUGAAUGCCAGUAUUGCAAUGUGUUUUGCAAAGAGUAUCAGUAUGUUAAACAUGAAUGCAACAGCACACACAACCGUGUGUGUGAAUGUGUUCAAGGCCGCUACUUUGAGUUUGAAUUUUGCUUAAACCACUCUGAAUGCCCAGCAGGAUUUGGUGUAAAAAAGCUUGGGACGCCUUUCAUCAAUACAGAGUGCAGGCAGUGUCCAGAGGGGUUCUUCUCCAUUGAUAACUCUGCCAUACACCCCUGUCUAAAGCACACCAAUUGCUCACUGGUCGGCUUGAAACAAGUUCUUCAGGGGGAUGCAUUUCAGGAUAACGUGUGUCGACCAUGUGGGAAGAGAGAUGCUUCAUCCUUCGAGUGCUUGGAUCCACCAAUGGAGAAAGGUAUUGCGCUGUGCGAUGAAGCCAUCUUUAAAUUUAUCGCCCGUCAGAAACUAACUUCUAAAGAGCUGAAAAUGCUGCUGGAGAGCUUGCCUGGGAAGGGAGCUACUACUCCACAUUCCCAACGGUUGCAGAGGACAAAGGCAGGCCAAAUACGCACCUUCCUUCAGCUGAAACAAUGGAGAAUUGAAAAUCCUCACGUGGACACUGUUAAAGGACUAAUGCGUGGGUUGAAAAAAGCAAACAUUCGCAAUAUUUACAAAAAACUGUCACGUAAGCUUCGGGUAAAUAAAGGUAGUAGAACUGCAUUGGUCUAGGAGGGAAAGAAAUGGGCUCUGUAAGCUGCAUAUGGAUGUCUUUGUGCCACCAACGGCAUUCUAUAGCACUUAAACUGUAAUGUACUAUAUGUAGAAAGUGUGUCAACAAGUCGCUAAUUUACUGAAACCAAGCAGCAACAACACGCAGAAAUAUAUAUUUUUAUGUUUCUUGUGUCAAUUACACAAAAUAGAGAAUUUGCUGUUUUUUGCGGACCUGUAACUUGGUAGAUUGGAAAAAUUGUAUUUUGAAACAUGUCAGAUGUUUAAAUCAACAUUGCCUCUCAUCAAAGCAAAAUCCUCAAAUGGAUCAUUAAAUCUUUGCUGAAAGACUUGGCAAUUGCAAGCAGAUUCUUUGUUUUCUUGUGACUCAAGUUUCAAUGAAUCAUUAGUGAUCUUAUCUGUCAGGUUGUGCAUUCUUCAUUUGAUGAAAAAUAAACACAAUUAAACCUUCAA